UAAACAGUAAGUAACUAACUCAUCUUUUGUGCAAUGUUAAAAUGCACGAUCAUUCAUUGAUUGGAUGCUGCAUGACAGAUGAUAUUUUACGUCGUAUUCAAAGUCAUAUGAAGGACCAAUAAUAGGUUUUUAUCCUCAGUGUUGCUGCCAUUGACCACCAUGUCUCGCGCACGUCCAUCCCCGCUAGUGACAGGUAUUUCACCUAAGGAGGGCGCAGCCUGGACCAAAGUCACUAUCCGUGGUGAAAACCUGGGAACGGGUUCAGCUGACCUCAUUGGUCUGUCGAUCUGUGGUCAUAACUGCCUGCUAACAGCUGAGUGGAUGUCAGCAAGCAAGAUUGUGUGUCGUGUGGGCCCUGCAAAAGAUGACAAGGGAGAGAUCAUUGUUACAACCAAGUCUGGAGGUCUUGGUACCUCCACCGUUUCCUUCAAACUGCUUAAACCUGAGAGGAUUGGUAUUUUAGACCAAUCGGCUGUGUGGGUGGAUGAACUUAACUACUACGACAUGAGGACUGACCGCAACAAAGGCAUCUCACCUCUCUCCCUGCGACCCAACAAUCCACUGGGUAUCGAGAUAGACAAAGGACUGUUACCACUGAAAGACAUUGAAAUGACAUUUCCAGGGAUGAGUGGGGACUUCACCAGUGAAAACUUUUCUGCCACCUGGUACCUCAUUGAAAACCACGCAGGCUCAAGUUUCGAACAGUUAAAGAUUGCUGCCAGCAAUCUGAAAAAGCAGGCCAACAAGAAGAAUGAGGGGAGUCUGGCCUACGUAAAAGGAGGACUCAGCACAUUUUUUGAAGCUCAGGACGCUCUGGCAGCUAUCCACCAGAGGCAGGAUUCGGACGGUACUGAAAGAGUGGAGGGAUCAAUGACCCAACGCCUGGAAGUCAUACUCAACAGAGCAAGUGACACAGCAGAUACACUUUUCCAAGAGGUUUUGGGACGGAAAGACAAAGCUGACUCCACACGCAAUGCACUCAAUGUCCUUCAACGUUUCAAGUUUCUUUUCAACCUGCCGCUUAACAUUGAACGCAACAUCCAGAAGGGGGAUUACGAUGUGGUGAUAAAUGACUACGAGAAGGCAAAAUCUCUUUUUGGCAAUACAGAGGUCCCUGUUUUUAAAAAAGUCUAUGCAGAGGUUGAGACGAGGAUCAAGGCUCUCAGGAGUCUACUUCUAGAAAAAUUGCUGCACACUCCCUCAACACUGCAUGAUCAGAAGAGAUAUAUCAGAUACCUGUCUGACCUGCAUGCUCCAGGUGAUCCAGCAUGGCAGUGCAUCUACGCUCAGCACAAAUGGAUACUCCAACUGAUGCAAGACUGCAAAGAUGAGUUUCUUGGUGGUCACAGAGUUGGUGUUGAAGCUCUGGAUCUGGAGGGGGAUUCCCGUCCUUCGGCUCUCAGCAGGCUGAGUCACACCUCAUCUUUGAAAAGAGGCGGUAGCCUGCAGAUGACUAAACCAACCAACUGGCGCUUUGAAACCCCUCAGCAGGUGCAAUUUGUAGAAAAGCUUUCAGACGUGGUAAUUGGCCAGCUGCCUAACUUCUGGAAGCUUUGGAUUUCUUAUGUGAAUGGGAGUCUUUUUAGUGAGACUGGAGAGAAAUCUGGGCAAGUGGAAAAGUCUAAGAAAAAUGCAAGACAAAAGCAGAAUGACUUCAAAAAAAUGAUUGAGGAACUGACCAAUCGGCUGGUUAAGCUUGUCCGUGGGGCCCUCCUUCCCACGACACUGCCACAAGGGGAGCGAAGUUUUUAUGGAGGCUGGGAGAACAAAACAGAAAUUACUGGCACAUGGCUAACGCAAAUCAUUCAUACUGUCAGGGGUUGUUAUGAAGCUUUGUCUGCCUUGGAGAUCCCAAAUGAUAUGUUGCAGGUGAUCCAGGAUCUGCUGCUGGAAUUGAGAGUUCAUUGCCUCAUGGUGACACUGCUGCACACCACAGAUGAUGUCAGGAGCCUCGCCGAGAAGGAAGACUGGGUGGUAGAUAACGAGGGACUUACUAAACUGCCAUCUCAGUUUGAACAGUGUGUGGUCCAGAUGCUACAAUCACUCAAGGAGCCUCUCGAGAUUAAACCAGGAGAGAUAAAUAUACUACAGCUGGACCAAGUUCAAGACCAAGCCUCAGACCUCUGCGUGAGCAUCAUGAAGGUUUUUAUCAACUCACUGGAGCAGCUUAGCACAAGCAAAGAUAGAGACUUGACUACAUCUCCCAUUUCCAUGGAUCUGUCCUCUCCGGAUCGGUUUAACAACAUGCAGGCGUGCUGCAAUCCAACAUCUGAACAACGCUUACUCAUCAUCCUGAGUAACUGCAAUUAUUUGGAGCGACACACUUUCCUCAACCUAGCUGAUCACUUUGAGAAACAUGGAUUCACAGGCACUGAGAAGAUUACAAGGGUGAGCUUAGUGGCUAUUCGGGAACUGGACGAAAAACUAUUUGAUGCCUAUAUCGAAAGGAGAGCUGACCCGAUCGCUGGCUCUCUAGAGCCGGGUAUCUACGCUGGUUACUUUGACUGGAGAGACUGUCCAUCUCCCACAGGGGUGAGAAGCUACUUAAAGGAAGCUCUGGUCAACAUCAUUGCAGUUCACGCUGAGGUCUUCACCAUUUCCAAAGAUUUGGUUCCAUGCAUAUUAUCCAAAAUUCUUGCAACAGUCGCUGACGAAAUGUGUCGUCUAAUGCAGUGCGUGUCAUCCUUUAGCAAAAAUGGCGCCUUGCAGGCUCGACUUGAAGUUUGUGCAUUGAAAGAUGCCAUAGCUGCAUACUUAAAUGCUGAAAGCAAUGCCAGCUUUGAAAUGGCUUUGGACGCCCUCCCCAAAUUUUACAGUGCAUCCGAUAAAAAGUUACUAGAAGAACUCUUGAAUAAGUUUAAGAGUAGCAUGCAGCUCCAGCUUACCUGCUUCCAGCCCUCCUGUGUACUGCCUGUCAAGAGAUAAAAGAACUUUAUUUUUUCCAUUUAACAAGACAUUGGUCUCCCUUACUAUGUAUACAUCAAUUUAAUUUACUGUGCCUAUGUUGGAGAGUCCAGUUUAUUAAUUCGUACAUUUGCUAAUGUCAUCUAGUCACUCGUAGGCCAAUAGUGAACUUAUUUCCAAGUAUAUGUAACAAAAAAAAAUUUUUUUUUAAUGUGUAAAAGUAUCUAUGACUCGACCUGUUCACACAUCAACAAGAUUCUUAAGAUACAUACAAUAUAAUGAAAGUAUUCUUCACAAUCAAGUUCCACAUUAUAUAUAAAGUUCCUAAUGAAGUUGUGCAAAGCCAUUUGCAAUGCAUCCACCAGAACGAUUUGUCGCAUUUGAUUGGUCAGUCCAAGAACACUUUGGCAGACACUUGGUGUUCACACUUGCUAGCUGUGAUUCAAACAGUUUCUGCAGCCAUUCAUCUGGGACCUCCAAGUCAUUUGACAUGUAAUUGUCUCAAAGGGUGUGUGCUGGGUGUAGUCCCACCAGAGUUGUUACACGCAAAACAAACUGUCAUGGCUUUGUUCAGUUAUUUUUCUGCUUCAGAUGAGAAGUUUGGGCCAACAGUUUAUGUGCCAACAGUUUUCAUGAUCUCAACUUGAAACUGAAUCUGUCCAGUCAUUUACUUUGAUGUGGGAGAAUGCAAUUAGCUGGAUUGUUGAAGGUACAAAAAUGCUAUAUAAGUGUAAUACACUGUAACUAACGAAGACGUCCCAGUGUUGUUUCCUCAGUUCAAAAUAACCUCUGUAAAGUUGGCCUCUUCUCAGAUGCAAAUUUAUCGAAAAAUUAUGUCAUUCGUUUGUGCUCCAAUCAUUUUUUUAGAUAUUAACAAUUCUCGUAUAGGUCAAUCUGAGGUUAACCAGGCCCCAGUGUUGAGUAAAAACGGUGUCAAUCGUUUGUGCUACGUUUGUGCUGUAAAAAUUUCCGUUUGUGCUUCUAUCGUUUUUGAGAUAUUGAGGUAUUAUUUUCGAGUGAUGACGUCAUGCAGCCCCGCAUUUAUUGCAAAAUUGACCUGAAAUGGUCUCAUUUGUCUAUGCUACGUUUGUGCUGCUAAAAAUUUCGUUUGUGCUGCUAUCGUUUUAUGUAUAUUGAGGUUUCGAGUGACGACGUCAAUCGCAGCACCUCUGUCGCGACUGACGAAGAGUACCAACUGUCAACAAGAGUGGGGUAGCGCAAACGUCGAACAUAAACGUCAUUUUGCAGUAAAUGAGGGGUCACAUUAUCACUUGAAAUUAAUAUCUCAAGAUCUAAAAAACGAUAGCAGCACAAACGAAACAUUAAGAGCACAAACCAAGCACAAACGAAUAUAUAUCAUAUAUUUCUAUGAAUUUGCGUUUGAUGUGGGCCCAACUUUCAAAAUAUAUUCUCUGAAGAGGAUUGAGGCAUCUAAAAAUGUGUUUUUUUCCAGAUCACAGUCUGUUUUUUUAUCAAACAAUGUCACACUCUGUUAUUAAUUUAAUCGUGACAGUACGGAUUUGACAAGAAUCCCGAGAGGAAGUAGUCGAUCUCAAUUAUGCAUGGAAAUCACAUUUUCAUAAAAGGUGUUAUACAGUGAUCCCUCGCUACUUUGGACUUCAAACUUUGCGCCCUCAGUCUCAGUUGGAUUUUUUCUCAAUUAAAAAUAAAUAAAUAAAUAAAUGCAGUGGGUUUUUUUAGAGCAGUCCCGAUCCGAUCACGUAGUCUCUCCCUACUGCUGUGUUUCUUUGUUCAGGCACUGCACUGGACUUGCUUGUUAGAGUUAGCGAUGAUUGACAGGCGUUAAGGUUCGAUCUUGCCAUGGAAGCUUGGAAGCCGAAACUUCAAGGUGCCGCAUGUGUCAACCAUCAUUUAACUUUUUAAACAUUUGCUGUGGGAAUUCAUUGUGUGCAAGGAUUUGAUGGACUCACUCAAUGAAGGAUUUAAUAUAGACAAGCAUUUUUCUAUGUUAUACGUGUUUGAAAAUAAUUCGGUGGGACAGCAACGUGUAAAACGUAUCAUAAUUAUUACAUUUGAAGUGCUUGAAAACCCAUUUUUAAAAUUAUAUAUAUAUACUGUAUAUACAUAUAUAUAUAUAUAUAUAUAUAUAUAUAUAUAUGUACGGCGGAAAAAACUUUUUUUCAAAAUUGUCCGAUAUGCAUGUGUGAUACAUCGUUGGAAACCUUAAAAUCUCCAUUUUCUGGGGGAAGAAAAAUUUUGAACAUGAGGGCAUUUUGAAAAAAUAAAGUUUUUUAAACAGCAAAACCCUAACUGGAGGUGAGAGCACGCGAGAGCAGAAUUACAGACGCCAUGACUUUAACGAGAUAUUAUCGCGUACAUACCUUGUUUCGAUCCAAAAACUCCAUGUAGCAUGUAUCACUGAUUGUCAAGACACAGUUGGGAAUCCCCACAGCUGGAUUUUUGGGGGAUUUUAUGGGUGGAACAUGGCAAUAUAACAAAGGUCGCGAUGGAGAAAUCGCAGACAUCAAGGAGUGGUCGAGAUUUUCUUUUUCAUAUAUUUACUCCUUUAAACUUUUUUUUUUCCAAUUUUUCUCUGUUUGGAUCGAUUAUUUAUCAUCUAACAUAUCGGAGAAAAUGCGACAGUAACAAAAAAAUACAAUUAAUCCGUGACUUUUUUACAGACGCCAUUUUUUUCAUUGUGACGUCAUUUGUUUAAAAGUUUAAAAUAAGCGAGUGAAUAAUUUUUAAAGUUUUUUUUUUUUUUUUUUUAAACGAAAUAUUAGACAUCAAUUAAUGAUUCUAAGCUAAAAAUGACAGACAUUUUGAAUAAAUAAUGUAAUUAAGUACCUUAGUUUUAUGGCUGGGUUAAAACAAAAGCGUUUGCGUGAUGUCUGUAAACGGGGGUUUUCAAGGUAAAACCGACAAAUUAAAAAUAGUUCGGGGGCUUAAUGCGGCAUGAAUCUGCUAUGGCAGCAUAUAGACAUAUUGUGCUAUCAAACACAACAGUUCUUAUGGCUUAAAAUACGGCAGUUUCUUUUCAAGAGGAGUGCAAGAGCAGAAACUGCUUUUUCAGUCUUGUCGUUGUUUCCCGCCAUAUAUAUACAGUACGUACCUAUAGUUUUUCUUUUAAUUUAAAAAGUGAAGUAAAAGGUGAAAACAAAUUCCAAUGCUAAAUCAGAAUGAAUAUAUUGAGCACACAAAACAAAAAAUAAAGCAAAAAAAUAUUUUUUGGGGGGGCGGGGGCUACGUCGCGGUUUUUCACUUAUCGCGGGGGGUUCUGGUCCCCAUUAACCGCGAAAAACGAGGGAUCACUGUAUAAAGUUUGUGACUUUAUUUACUUGUGGCUGCCACCUCCAGCCUGAAGCGGAAAUGCAGCCUCUCUGUUGAGCUUGUACAUGGCAUGCAUGCUUGUACGAGUUGUAGUGGAUUUGGGACUGUGCUGGAUGCCAGUUUCUUCUUGUCUGCAGAAUGUAGUGAGCUUCGAAUCAAAUUUUCUGCUUUGAGGAUUCGUUUCAUUAGAGUGGCGUUGUAAUUUGUUUUGGAAGUGUUUUCAUUUAGUUUUAUUGAUUUGGGGGGAUACACUGUCCUGUAAUGGCAACGGUGAAUAUGACAUAAAUCAUCUAACAUGGCCGGAUCCAGCUGCUCCCUGUUAAGACCAGCAUAAGGUUGUAAGUUUUUGUUUGAGCUAAUAUAAUUGUUUAUGCAUCCGUAAUUUAGUUUAGAGGUAUAUCUAGCUUUUUUUAGUGGGAAUAUAUUUUGAACGAUUUGUUAAGCGCACUGUUAAAAAUAAGUAAUUUAAGUAAGUUUUUAGUGGCCUUUCGCUAUGCAAGUUACCCACUUGUUCUUAUGUUGUAUUUCGAUCCUCAUUUAUUAAUUUUUAUACCGUCUGAGGCAAGGCGCAGGUAUUUUAUUCUAAAGGCAUUUAUUGUGAAAUGAAAGUGCAAUUCUGCAUCGUUUUAUUGCUCUUUUGAAAGUGCAAUCUUGGCAAGCCUUUGUUUUACAUCUCCUAAAAUCUAUCCUGCAAUGCAUUAAAUGUUCCUAAUCCGAUUACUCGAUUAAACAGAUUGAUUAAUUGAUUACUUAGAUAAUUGAUAGCUGGAGCCCUAGCAGAAUCCAUGCUAAAUUGUGGACAGUUACCAGCUCGCUUGCUUGUGUUGUUUUUUAUGUCAAGCAGAGACUAGGCAGAGGCUCAGUAAAAGAGCGCUGCUGCUGGUGGUGCACGCGCGGAUGUGCACAGGCACGUGUUCGCCCUGACACUAAUGAAGGUAAGAAAAAGGGCUUUUGGGGGCAGUCCCAGUUAAAAUGUCAGGGCUCUGUGUACUCAUUGUGGCAUUAAUGGAGCAUCCAUGGAGUAGAAGUUAUUUUAUAUUAACACUAAAACUUCAUAUAGUCCCUUUAAAUACAAGGGGUGUUAUGAUCAAUCAAGACAUUACUUCAAAUGCAUGUUUUUAUUCAGCUGUACAAAGACACCAAUUUACAUUGAAUAUCUCAUUUCAUUAUUGCAACGAUGCAGCCUAAUUUGAUGUACUGAUUAUUACAUUAUAAAAAUAUACAAUGAUAUAUUAGGAAAAUAUAUAUUGAUAGGUGGAGUGAAUUAUUUCCAACAAAGAUACUGACAUCUGGCAUCAAAAAAAAAAAAAACAACACUUUUAAAGAGAACCCCCACACUAUAUUCUUUAGCAUGUUUGCACAGGUAAUUCAUUUUGAAUUUAGGACAAUGACACCUACUGUAUCUAAAAAAAAAUAAUAAAGCAAAUACAGCAUCGCCAAAUGCACAGUUCGGAACAUGCAAACAUUACUAUAGCAAUGCUCGAGCUGAGAUUCAAACCUGGAGUAUAUCAACUGUGAGGAAAAUGCUGCAACCCAAAUAUUGAGUUUUGUCAAUCAAAGAACAUUCGUGUACAUUGGCUAGCCCAGGGGUCUGGAACCUGCGGCUCGAAAGCUGCAUGUGGCUCUUUUAUUCUUUUGCUGUGGCUCUUUUUAACUAUGGCAGUUAACUUUUUCAGUGCCAUUGACGAUGCUAAAUGCCAAAUCAUCCUUCUGCUGUGAAUUCCAAUAAGUAGAUGUCCAAUCGAUUUGAAGUGGGAGUGAACAAAUGUUCACUCGCUGCCACCCUCCUACUUCAAAUGGAUUGGACGUCUCGCGCCAUCAAUGGCAGGCACUGAGUGAAUCACAGAUGUUUUGACAUUGAUAAAAUAAUCACUUGAGAAAUAAGCUUGUUACUUCAUUUUAAUCUAAAUGCAAAUUUGAGCUUGAUGGGAAUGUCGCCCCUACUAACAUGGCCACUGUUAGGCCCUUUUGGUAGGGGCGAUGACAGGUUUUUCAGGGUUCCUUCAUGAAUUUCAAUGAGUAUCAUGAGUAGAUGUCCAAUUCACUUCAAAUGGAUUGAAUAUCUAUUGCCGUCAAUGGCAAACGAUGAGUUAAUGAGUAUUUGCUUUGAAUUUAGAUUUUAUUUUUCAAACCUAAUUCUAAAUUUCAAGAUGCUUGUGCUGUUCUAAAACAAACAAUAAAAUAAACGUUUUGACCCCCAUCAGACAAACUUUAGAUAACUCAAAACUUUUUUUUUUUGUUGCAAUUCAUUAAAUGUUAGAUGUCAAGGGGCUUUUGUGGCUCCUGGUAUUUUAUCUUUGGUUGGGAGACGCUCAAAACGACUCUUUGCGUAUCUAAGGUUGCUGACCUCUGGGCUAGCUAAUUAACAAAUGCAUAUACAAUAUGCUGUUGUUUAUCUGACGUGAGGCAUAUUUUCCUCAUUAAAAUAGGCCUAUUGAGGUUUUCCAAUGUAUUGCUUAAUACAAGACGCUAAAAUGAAGCAGAGACCAGCUGACAUUCCCAUACCAAAUAGUAAAAAAACAAAACAAAAAAGACAUUCAUUUUGUGAAUUUGCAUUGUUGCAUGUUUCAUGAAUCCGCUUUGGUCACUUCUGCAGGCCGUGAUGCUGUGUAAGGGCCCUGUGAUAGUCCUCUGAUAAGCUAGUAUGUUCCAUGAGUCCCGAGUGCUCGUAGCUGCGGUAGAAGUGUCCGCUUGUCUGCUGUGCAUAGUAUAAGAGCUGUCUUGCGAACAGGGGCUCCACCUGUCAGAAAAGUAGUACGUUGACAAUGAUGCUUACAAAGGGCUGUAAAUUGUAAUGUCUCGAAAUACUAUAUAAUUUCAUAAAAUAUGUGUUCCAAUAUGAGUUGUCUGCUAGUCACCUGGACAUUGAGAGAUGCUCUUUGAGGUUCAAGACACUCAUCUCCAAAACUCAGAAGAACCUGGAAGUGGGUGGUCAGUGGUCGACCAUGGAGACUAUAACUCUGGAUCUCUAAAAGACAUGGUCGUUUUAGUCACUAAAAAGCUAUAUAAGAGUAAAGUUUACUUGAGGUGUGACCUUUGGGGAUGACUCGAAUGGAAACUUCUGUUCACAACACAUUUGCAAAGCUUGUGUGACAAAUACACGCUUGAGCUGUUCUAGUGUGUGGGCGGGGACACUUUAGACGGCGAAGAAAUCAUGAGACACAUCACAAUAGAUACCUUUGGAAAAGAGUCUUCAGCAGCUGUCGAGACUAACUUGGCGGGACUUUGCUGUGCUGUAGCUGAACUAUUGAGUCAUGUGCACUCACUGAAAGGUUCCCGCAGUGCCCUGGAACCUCGAGUCUCGCACUUACAUACUCAUAAAGUAACUCAAUUUCUUUUCUUCCUUUCAUACGUUACCUGCUAGUCACCCUUGAAUAAAACUAAAAACGAGUGAAAUUCAAUCAAUUUAAAAGUUAACAUUUUUAGGGGGUCUCCUGAGCAUUAUUAAAACUGAAUCUUGAUUUAUUUUUGACUCGAUUAGAAAUGCAGACAUGAGGAUUACCUCUGCCAGUAAAUGAAACUUACGGAAGCGGAAGUUAUAUAUUCAGUUCCAUAUGACUGUGUGUCCAUAUGUUUGUGGUCAAGGUAAACGAAGAAACUGAUUAAUUAUCAAACUUGCAUGAUAUAUUCUAAAUAUGAAACGGAAGAUGUGAUUAAAUGUUGGGAUCAAGGGCUAAAGGUCACAGGGCCAGAUUUUCCAUAUUCAAUGUUUAAGAUAACUCAAGACCAAAGAAACAGGACACAAGUAGUCCCCGGGUUACAACGUACCGGACUUUCGUGCUUUUGACUCAUCCGCAAUAUUGUCUCCAGUUUUUUUUUAUUUUU